AUGGCCAAGGUCGUGCCCUUUCUCGUCCACCAUGUCACCCCGUCGCCUAGUCUCAAGCUCCAUUUUUCUCCAAGAAACGCUUCCCUCCAAUUCCAUGCUAGGCAUUCCACCACCAGCGUACGGUGCGCUGUGCCGACUCCGACCAGCAACACCCCCAUCACCAACCCCACCGGGUCCGGGUCACAGGGUGAGGAUCUUUUCAGCUUCGACAGGUACAUGGCGUCCAAGGCCGUGACCGUGAACGACGCGCUCGACCGCGCUCUGCCGCUCGUGCAGCCCGAGGGCCUCAGCGAGUCCAUGCGCUACUCGCUCCUCGCGGGCGGCAAGCGCGUGCGCCCCAUGCUCGCAAUCGCCGCUUGCGAGAUGGUGGGCGGCGACGAGGCUGCCGCCACGCCAGUGGCCUGCGCCGUCGAGAUGGUCCACACCAUGUCGCUCAUCCACGACGACCUCCCGUGCAUGGACGACGACGACCUCCGGCGCGGAUGCCCCACGAACCACGUCGCCUUCGGAGUAAGCACCGCGCUCCUCGCGGGAGACGCGCUCCUGUCCCUCUCGUUCGAGCACAUCGCCCGGGGCUGCGUGGAGCACGGCGUGCCGGCCGACCGCGCGCUCCGCGCCGUGGCGGAGCUCGCCAACGCCGUGGGCACGGGUGGGCUCGCGGCGGGGGAGGUGGUGGACCUGGCCAGCGAGGGCGCGGACGUCGGCCUGGCCACGCUGGAGUACAUCCACAUACACAAGACGGCGCGGCUCCUGGAAGCCGCGGCGGUGUGCGGAGCCAUCGUCGGCGGAGCCGGCGAAGAAGAUGUCGAGAGCAUCCGGCGGUACGCGCGUUACGUCGGGCUGCUGUUCCAGGUGGUCGACGACGUGCUGGACGUGACGCAAACGUCCGAGCAGCUGGGGAAGACGGCCGGGAAGGACCUGGCGACCGACAAGGCGACGUACCCGAAGCUGAUGGGCGUGGACGGGGCGCGCGCAUACGCCGCCGAGCUUGUGGCGAGCGCCGAGGCAGAGCUAGACCGGUUCGACCAUGCCCGCACCCAGCCGCUGCGCCACCUCGCGCGAUUUAUUGCCUACAGGCAGAACUGA